CUACGGACGGCCGAGUGAUAACGAUCAGACCGAUCAGUAUAGGGCAUAGGCAAGCAACGCACUGUUUGUGUCGGCCGUCGUGCGCGCUCGGAACUUAUUUAUUAUUAUUAUUAUUAUUAUUAUUACUAUUACUAUUAUCACUGUUGUGUUUAUCAUAUUAUUAUUUAAUAAUAAUAAAAUAUUUCAGCAUUAUAAAUUAUAAUAAUAUCGUUAUUACUUAUUACACGCGAGUACGCGACAACGUCAACAACCACCAGUGACGUCCAGUACGUCGUGAAACGGCAGCAUACGUUUACCUCGGAUCCUUUGCCACUACAGUUAACGUUUCCUUCCGACUGAUUAUUUGUGUACGCGUUUUUUCGGCGCCCGUUUCGCGGUUUUCUGAUCGCGUCUCGUUGCUUCUCGAUUCUCCCACGUGAAAAAAAAACUCCGUCUGACCGAUAGUCGACCAUAACGUAAAGAUUUAACCGCUUCGGCCAAUUAAAAACAAGUACAGCAGAACACACCUGUCGUCGCAGUUUUUCUUUUGUCUACAACACCGUUCAUCAUACUUCCAAACAACUACCUUUGAUACCAAGCUACUCCUGCUCAGAGAUUUUGUUCUUAAUCAACCGCACUGAAUAAUGAAUAUUAGUUAUCUAUGGCAAAGAUGAGGUAUGCAGAUAUGCCCAGAGAUGUUUCUAUUGACAAUUUCCCUUCGCUUAACGUGUCUGAGAAAGUAAAGUCAAAGGCAUACGAUGAUGAUGAUAAAUUAGAACACUUAGUUUCCAACACAGAGUAUAGAAAAUUAACCACAUACAACUCUUUGAAAAAAAAUCCAUCAAAUUUUUCAACUCCGUCGUUUGAACAAAGGCAUAGAAGACGUCUUUCAGAAACAUUAACAUGUGGUUUGGCAAGACAAUGUAAAACUCAUAGUCUUCCUUGUAAUAUGACAUUAAAACAUCCUUACAGUGUUUCACCGGUUGAUGAAAAAGAUGUUGAUAAGGCUAAAGGUGUUUUGUCUCCUGGUAUACUUCCGGAAGAUUGGGCUGCCCAACUAACAUUAUUAGAUUUAAGUAUAUUCAGUCAAAUAUCUCCAGAAGAGUUGUCUUCAUGUUCUUGGAACAAAAAGCAAAAAUUAGAAGUUGCACCAAAUGUAGUAGCAUUUACUAGGCAAUUCAAUCAUGUAUCAUUUUGGGUUGUUCAAGAAAUAUUGAAAGGUACUACUCCAAAACUGCGUGCUGAUUUGAUUACUCAGUUUAUUAAGAUCUCCAAAAAAUUAUAUGACCUUAAUAAUUUCCAUUCAUUAUUUGCCGUUAUUUCCUCCCUUCAAAGUGCUUCAGUUUAUAGACUUUCCAAAUCGUGGAGCAAUGUGUCGAAGAAAGAUCGGCAAUCAUUUGAUAAAUUAGCCAAUGUUUUCUCAGAAUGUAAUAAUUGGAGGAAUCUUCGGGAUCACCUAGAAACCUUACGUUUACCAUGCAUACCUUAUUUAGGUGUAUUUUUGACUGAUUUGGUAUAUGUUGAUAUGGCACAUCCUCAUAAAAGUAGUGGCUUAUUAGAAUCUGAAGCAAGGCGACUGAAAAUGAAUAACAUUUUAAGAGUAAUAUCACAUAUGCAGCAGAGUCGAUAUGAUCAUUUGAUUCGGUUUCCUAGGAUAAAUGAUUAUUUAAACUCAAUUAGAUAUAUUGAAGAACUGCAUAAGUUUGUUCAAGAUGACCAAUAUAAAUUAUCAUUAAAAUUAGAACCUUUAUCCUGCCAAACAGAAAACUCUAGAGGUUCCAAAGAAUCUGUUAAUCAAGUUUUGUUAGAUUCAUUGAGUUUAUCACCUGCAAAAUCAACAGACUUAAUGCGAAUAAGAAAAUUUUCUUUGUGCAAGCAGCAACAGCAAAAAACAAAUUGUUCAAAAUACCGCAGUGCAAGUUUACCGCGUAGUUUUCUUAAAAAACCUGUGAAUCAAUCUGCAGUAUGUAAUAAUAAUAGCUUGAUCCAUAAAUCUGAUGAAGGAAUAUUGUCAACUGUUAACUCAAGGAAUUUACUCGAUGAUUCGCUUAUUGAAGAGAAUACAUUAGAUUUAUCCAACUUAAAUCUGUCACCCUCUCAUAGAACAUUGAAAGGAGCUCAUAAAAUAAGUUUAGAAAGUUGUUUAAGGCGUAAAGUGGUUUUAAAAAAUGGACGAAAACCAGCUGUGACAACUUGGCAGCGUUAUUGGAUACAACUAUGGGCAUCAGUAUUAAUUUAUUAUUCACCUAAGUCAUUUAAAGGUUGUAAUAGAAAUGACUUUAAACGAGAGCCGUGCAAACUUUGUCCAUUAAAAGGAUGUACUAUAAGUCUUGGUGAUAACCCAGAUACAUUUUUAAUCAAGUAUCCUGAUCAAAGAAAUACUUAUAAGUUUCGAGCUGAGAGUGACAAUACAGCUUUACAAUGGUAUAGACGAUUGUACCAUGCUGCACAGUCAGUACAUCAACCCGACACUAAAUUACCCGAUAACCUUAUAAGUUUCGACUGAUUAGUUUUAAAAUUUCAUGUGAAUUUUUUACUUAAAAAUAGAAAACAAAAAAAAACUUAAAAAUCAGAUUAUUUUAUAAACACAACCUUUGAGGUUAUUUUAAUAUAAAUAAUAUUUAUAUGAGAGUUAAAUUGUACUAAAAGUGAUAAUCGUUACCAAAGAUGA